CGCGGAUCUUGAGCUAACCUCUGAAGCUGGACUGAAGCAUCAUUGAUCGCUACGGAAGACAUCUCAGUUUUCCUUAAUCUCCACCAGAACCACACAUUUUCGGAGGAAUAUCAUUUGUAUAAAUGUACAAAAAGAGAUGGAUCAGCCGGCAAAGACAGGGACACCAGUUUAUUUCGAGGUGAAAACAGAUUAUUGAUUACACAUCAACUCCGUCCGACGGCGCUGCGGUUGCUCCGCUCGCCGGUAGAACAUGCUCGACUGAAUUCAAGACGUUUCUGUGCUGAUUAUGUAGCACGGGGCAUCUCGUCCCUAUUAGGGCAGUCUCCCGUGGUAAUUUGGUGAAAGAUACCAUGGAUUCUUUGACCACAAGAGCAAACCACUGAACAAUCCAACUAAACUCCAGCAAUAAUGACAGUUGACGAACAGAAGCGUGAACAGGGGGAGGCUGAUCAGGCAGGAAGAAACGCGAAAUGGCCAUUCAGCGCCCUCAAGGCGUUUGAAAGAUACUUCCCAGCCCGGCGAUCAUCACCCAAGACGAAUGUCCCCGAUCCUCUCCCCGAGACCACGACAGGCCGACGACGAGCAUCGACCCUGGAGCAAUCCCUCGACAAGGACGCGUCGCUCCCGGAGAAAGUCGUGACCCACGAACUCGAAGUUGUCGGAGAUGACCAUGCGAGAGACGAAGAGGAUACCGCCCCGCAGACGGUGCUGUAUCUCGCCUACGGAUCGAACCUGGCGGCGAAAACCUUCCGUGGCACACGGGGAAUCCGGCCGCUCUCGGAGUUGAAAGUGCUUGUGCCCAGCCUGCGCCUUACGUUUGAUUUGCCGGGGAUCCCAUACACGGAGCCCUGCUUCGCGGGCACACGAUCCAGAACACCAGGUUCCGAGGGAGGAUGGAUUGGGGAGACGAGCGAUGAUACCAGAGAGGAUGAAGAAGAAGAAGAAGAAGAAAGAGAAAAAAGGGACGGCAAACCUCUGCUUCCAAACGGAUACCGCAAGGACCGGUGGCGUAAGCCCCUCGUCGGCGUUGUCUACGAGGUCACCCUGUCGGACUACGCACGCAUCAUCGCCACGGAGGGCGGGGGUCGCGGCUACCGCGACGUGGUGGUCGACUGUUUCCCCUUUCCGGAGAAAUACGACCCUUCCGACCCUGUCCCGGAUACUCCCACGACAGAGCCAUUCAAGGCGCACACCCUCCUCUCCCCGGCAACCGACACGCCGGGAACAACAUCACCAGCGUCGCCUCUCCAUCUCCACCUCCCCAUCGACGCAUCCUACGCUCAACCCUCGGCGCGGUAUCUGGAUCUGAUACGCACCGGCGCAGCAGAACAUAACCUCCCAACAUCCUACCAGGCGUACCUUGCCCAAAUCAGAGCGUACCGCGUGACCACCCCGCGCCAGCGCGUCGGCCAGGUGCUCUUCCUGGCUCUCUGGGCGCCGGGCCUGAUGCUCACCUUGUUUCUAUCCAGAGUUCUCGCUGGACCGGAUGGCAUCAGCCCGGCCUGGCUGAUUCGGUUUGCGGAUGUGUUGUUGGCGGCGAUGUGGAAGAGCUAUUAUAUCGCUUUUAGGCCGGUGUUUGGGGAUGGCUUGAGGACGAUUGGUGAGUAGUGCACUAGACGUAAAUAAUUCUAUGUAAAGAUAAAGUAUUAUAGGUAGUACAUAGAAAAUUACUGUGAUGAUAACGGAGAAGAGAGAAUGCUACUUUUGCAGUAAAUUGAAAAGUCCUACUUGACAAAUGAAAUCCAUUGAGCUUAACAGGGUUUUUAAGGAAACGAUAUCUAGGGUACACAGAUACAAGUGUUCUGAGAGACGGCUCUAACAAAACAGGCAGGUCGUCAUCGGCAGGCCGAGAAGAAGGGAGAGUGUUCAAGAUCAAUCAGGCGGCUUGAGAUCAGACUCGAGCUUUUCCCGGCCUGUCAACCACAGCCUGCAGAUUAUUUAUCUAGCGACGGGAGACCGGGGGUGUGUACAC